AUAAAGUAUAAACCGUUUCCCCUUGCUGGAGUUGUUGCAUUGGCAAUCCUCACGGCGGCUUCAGCGUCAACCAUGGUUCAUCUCAAGAGCGUGGCAUGCCUCCUGGCACUGCUUGCCGAUGUGCAGGCCAACCCUGUCCAUGUCCGCGACGACAAGGGGCAGCAGCAGCAAACGGGCCGCAAGCUCCCCCAGCUGUGGCCGCCUCCCCAGCAAAUCACUGCCACCGGCUGCGGCAUCUCGCUCAACGGGGCCGUCACCAUCGUGACAGGCAACGCCACCGACGCCGCCACCAUUGACACAAUCAAGGCCGUCGUCAAGGCUGCCGGCGGCCGGCCAACGGUCUCGGCCCACGCCACCAACCACGGCACCCAGAUCUUGGUCGGCACUGAGACGGACAACGAUGUGGCUGCCGCCGCUGCGAAGAGCCUCACGGGCAAAUCCGCCGAUGGGCUGGACGCCGACGGCUACGUCCUUGCCACUGGCAAAUAUGAGCAUCAGCCCACCGUCGUACUCAAUGGCGUUGACACCCGCGGCACCUUCUACGCGUCCCAGACGCUCCGUCAGCUUGUCGAGGGCCGCCAUGGUGUCCCAGGCGUCAAGGUCCGCGACUGGCCGCUCAUGGCCAUCCGCGGCUCCAUCGAGGGCUUCUACGGCGUCCCGUGGUCUCAUCAGGCGCGUCUCGACCAGUACGUCUUUUACGGAAAGCACAAGAUGAAUACAUACAUAUACACGCCCAAGAGCGACUCGUUCCUUCGCGAUGACUGGCGUAAGCCGUACGGCGCCGAUGACUUGGCCCAGCUCAAGGAGCUCAUCACCACGGCGGAGGCGAACCACGUCGACUUUACCUUUGCUCUGUCGCCGGGACUGGACCUCUGCUACUCGUCCGACGACGACUUCAAGACCACCGUUACCAAGUUUGAUCAGGUCCGCGGACUGGGCGUAAACAGCUUCUACAUUGCGCUCGACGACAUCCCGCUCAAGUUCCACUGCGACUCAGACAAGGCCAAGUGGCAGGACAACGGCGACUGGCACUGGAUAGCCGAUGCCCAGGCCUAUUACCUGAACCGCGUGCAGACCGAGUACCUCGAGGCCAACGGCCUCAAGAACCUGCAGACCGUGCCGACCAACUACGCAGGAAGCCAGCCGGACCCCUACAAGGAAGAGUUCGGGACGCAGCUGAACAAGAAUAUUAGCAUCCAAUGGACCGGCGAGGGCGUCUUCUCCCCCAACGUCACCGUGGAAAGCGUCGUGCGGGCCGAUUCGACCUACGUCACCGACAAGCUGUACUUUUGGGACAACUUCCCCGUCAACGACGGCAAGACCAACCGCCUCUUCCUCAACCCGCUCACCGGCCGUGACCCCGAGCUCUACAAGCACCUGCUCGGCUUCACCUCGAACCCGAUGGUGCAGGCGUAUGCGUCCAUGAUUGCGCUCGCCAACUACGGCGACUACACGUGGAACGGCCCUGCGUACGACGCCGACAAGUCCGCGGCCGCGGCCUUGCUGGAGCUUGCGGGCGGCGAGGGCCACGUCCAUGACGCCCUCGUCGCGUUUGUCGACCUCAACCAGAACUGGCCCUACCGCACACCGACCGUCAACGCUCCUCAGUUGAACAAGGACAUUGCCGCCUUCUGGGCCGCUCGAAAGGGCUCAGCCUCCGACAACAAGGGUGGCACGAAGGCGCUGCGCAAUCGCCUCGCGUUCAUCACCACUCUCCCUGACGUUCUGCCCCGCCUCGCGAUGAAGGGCUUCGCUGCGGACACGGCGCCCUGGUCGACGCUCGCGAUGCAGUGGGCGACUGCGUGCCAGCACCUGGUGGCCAUGCUCGAUGCUCUCGAUGACGGUGACAAGACCAAGGCGACCAAGGAGUUCAACACGGCUCAGGAAUGGGUCAACAAGACCAAGGCCAAGACGGUCAGCGGUCUCGACGAUAAUGGCAAGGUCAUCCCCAACGCCAUUACGCCAGUCACUGGCGACGGCGCGUUUGACACGUUCCUUGCCAACGCUACGACGAUUUAUAAGCAGUGAGAGAGGGGGGAUCUAGCUACAUGUAGUGAUACAUGGGU